CAUGGCUUCUUCAGACAGCGAGCUGAUGCAGAUAACUGCAGAGUUGAACCAGCUUUCACUCACGAAACAACAACUUCUGGAAAAAAAUAAAUUCAAGUCCAUAUUUCAGGAGUUGAGGAGUCGUAUUGAAUUUAGACAAACAGAGGAGGAAGACUUAAGUCAGCCUGAGAUCAACAGCAUUGAUGACAAACUGAAACAACUGGCAGAAAGGAAGGCAGAGCUCGAACAAAGCUACGAGAACAUGCUCAAUGCCAAAGAUGAGAAGAAUACAGAGAAAGUAGAAGCGAAGGACAGUUCCACCUCCUAUCAGAAGAGUGAGCCUGCUGUUCCUGUCACCAAGAUUUUCUAUGUUGAGGCUCCACCUGAUUUCCCUGCCCCUGCAGUGAUUCUGGACGUGGAAAACUUCCCAGUACUUCCAUGCAGGACACAGUGUCCAGAGUGUCAGCAGUUUGUCGUGACAGAGACUUACACCGCUGUCAGCAGUGUGACCUGGCUGGUGUGUUGCAUGACAGCUUUGGCGGGCUGCGUGGUUGGUUGCUGCCUCGUUCCUUUCUGCUUCGAUAGGUUCAAAUCGACCAUACACAGAUGUCCGAAGUGUCGAACGAAAAUUACUACUGUUAAAAAGCUGUGAGAGAAACGCAGCUGACGAGAACUUGAAGCUCAGACUGAAAGAGCAUCAGACACAUCGACCUAAUGGUGAAGUAGCAGCACGGCUCCCUUGCAGAGUUCAUCUGUUUGCAUCCACUACCGUCAUAUCACUGAAUAUCAGUGGAUGAGGGAUAAUGUUUAUCAGUUCAGCAAGCACUUUGAUUUUAAUGGAGGAGCACAUCUCAGAAGGAAAAUGUGGCCUGUAUGUAAAUAUAUAUCAGAUUAGAUUUUUAGGAUGUAUCUGUAUAUUCAAAUAGAUUUUUAACUGAAUUAGAAAACCUGAUCAAUAUGACUGUAAGGAUGCUGUAGCACUUCAAAUCUGUGAAGUUAUUGAAAUCAUGUAAACAUUCGGUUAUCUAUUAAGGCUUACACAUGCGGUGAGCUGUUUGUUAAACAAAACAAUAAAAUUAAAGCCUUUCCUUGUAUAUUCUUUUAACGAUUUUGACGAUUAUCAUGGCCAAAAGAAUUCACAAUAAUGAUAUUAUCACUACAUCCAUAGAAAAUUUGAAAAAUACAACAACAUAAUAUUAACUUGUGUGUUCUGUCUCUUUUUUGGCAAAUGAAUUACACUCAAAAUGUGAGUGUAGGAAGGUGUAGAGUCUGUAACCAUGGCUGUACAAAAGUGUGAUUUAAAAGGCACUGGAUUAUUUUUGCUUUUACAGGCACAUACAGCUGAGUAUCAUCAGUGGAAAUUAGUUCCAUGACUGCGUAUAUUUUGACCAAGUGUUGAAAUAUAAAGAGAGA